AUGUCCGUAGCAGAAUAUGAACGGGAGUUUGUUCGGCUUGGGAUUUUAGAGUUAAAAGAAUUUGUGGUGUUAGUUGAUCGGGCCUGUAAAGCUGAAGAACUGAGUAGAGAAAAGAGAAGGGCAGAGAUGGAAUCUCAAGAUGUAAGGAAGAGGACAAUGGGCAGAACAUUUCAAUCUCAUCCGAAGAAGUUUAAAGGGAUGGAUCCACGACCAACCUGGUUCGAUUGGGUAUUCACGCAGAGACCGAGGGAGGUCGAUUCUGGAGCUACAACUCGAGCUACCUCUGUAGCAAGUGUGGGCAAUGUAGGAAACACCCGGCCUGAAUGUCAACAGUGUGGCAGGCGACAUAUUGGUGAGUGUUGGGGAUUUAAACGAGCUUGUUUCAGGUGUGGUUCCCAAGAGCAUUAUGUAAGAGAUUGCCCUGAGAGAAGAGAGGAAGAAAAUUUGCCAAGAGCUGGAUCGGGUGAUAUUGUUAGUAGAGGGAGACCGCCGAGAAAUGUGGGAAGCAAAGUCAGUGGUAAAAGUGUGAUGAAAGAUGCAGCUGGAGGAUCAGAAAUUAGAGCGCCUGCCAGGACUUAUGCCAUACGUGCUCGAGAGGAUGCCUCAUCUCCCGAUGUGAUUACUGAUCAAGAAAGACGUGAAGAGUAUAUCAAACGGGGAAAAGAAAAGAUAGUGGAGUAAAGUGCAAAAUUACGAUAUUUUGCACCGAGGUAAGUAAACACGUGACUUAAUGUAUUAUUUUGAUAUUAUUUGAUAUAUGUUGAGAUUUAUUUGGAAUUAAAAUAAAUGUUUGGCAAUAUCCUAAAAAUGUUGUUAAAUCGGGAAAGGUGAUAAAGGGUUGCAAUAUAUGGGUUAUGGGUUGAACACUCGGAAUAAGCCGGAGUAUGUUGUCUAUAAAAGGGGUUGCUGUGUGCUGAUUCCCCGAUUUAUGGGUGGUGCCAUGUGCGUGAUCCACCAUAUCUUUGAAAUGUGAAAGGGGGUUGCUAUGUGCUGAUUCCCCCGAGGGGUUGCUAAGUGCUGAUUCCCCGAUUUCAUUGGUGGUGCUAAGUGCGAUAUCCACCAUAUCUUUGAAAUGAAAAGGGGGUUGCUAUGUGCUGAUUCCCCCGAGGGGUUGCUAAGUGCUGAUUCCCCGAUUCAUUGGUGGUGCUAAGUGCGAUAUCCACCAUAUCUUUGAAAUAAAAAGGGGGUUGCUAUGUGCUGAUUCCCCCGAGGGGUUGCUAAGUGCUGAUUCCCCGAUUCAGUGGUGGUGCUAAGUGCGGGAUCCACCAAUAACGGCUAACAUUCCGAGUGUUCAACGAAAAAGUGUGGAAGAUGAAUAUUGCCAUAUGGUGGAAAAUUUUAUGGGGUAAAUAUUGAGUUGAAUACUAAAUCGACCCAUGUAUGAGAUGGGAGAAAAUAUCAAAAACGCAAAAGGAACGAUUUAAUUAUAAACUGUGUUGAACAACAGCAAUUGGGUAACU